CUUAGUCUUUAAAAAGUCUAAAAAUACCUCGUUGCAAUUCUUAGAACAAGUCUGUUUUUCCUGUUUCAUGAACAGUUUACAGUUUUGAGACGCAUGGUUUCCACAGGACAGAGACCUGUGCAAAUCCAGUGUUCACACAAAGAGUGGAAAUGGGAGGUGGGAGCAAAAACAAAGAGCUUUCCUGUUGUUUGGCAAGACAGGAGAGCCGUCCUGGGCAGACGACAGGGAUGUUAUUCUGAUUUCUUCUGUCUGAUACCUGGGAUUUCUGUUUUUUUUUUUUAAAGGGGUGUAUACCAGCCUCCAUUCACAUGUCUAAUGGGAGAUUCCUGCUGCUUUCCUGCUGCUGUUCCAGGAGGGUCAGGAGGGAAAGAGGAGUGAAAGAGAACCAGACUGGAGAAAGAGAGAGAGAGAGAGAGAGAGAGAGAGAGAGAGAGAGAGAGAGCAACUCGGAGGUACAGAGGGAGUUUUUGCUGCUGAAGGAAAAGCAGAGUUUGUAGGAAGCAGAAAAUGGGACCGGCUGCCACCUUGCUCGCUCUCCUGUAUUUAUGUUCUCUGGGUGUGUGUGUUCCUACAGGGACGAACAACGCUGCACCAACACAGUCAUCUUCGCUGAAGGUGAAGAGGGCGAGAGGCGACUAUCCUGAUAUUCUGCCAGAACCUGAACCAGAGCCAACCAGCCCAGUAUCAGACUUUGAAAACUCAUACAACUAUGUCUUGUCCAGACUAGCUGGCAUGGACCAGGCCAUCCACAAGUUAAAUGUCGGUCACUACACCCUGGAUGUUAAAGUCAGCCAGCUGAUGGAUCGCUUGUCCAGGAUGGAUGCUAAAGUCGGGGAGCUGGAGGACAGCAUCCGGGAAGUCUACCAGCACAGCAAGGACAACCGCAAGGAGAUUGGAAGACUGGAAGGCUGUGAGAAGGGACGUCGGGUGGGAUACAAAUGUUAUCUGGUGUACAAUAGCUACGAGGAUUACGCUGGAGCUUCCAGAAAGUGUCUGGAACGUGGCGGACGCAUGGCGAUGCCCCGCGACCGCAAAGAGCAGGAGGCCCUGGCUGAGUACGUCAAGGCCUUCUUUCAGCCGGGGAACUGGCCGGUGUGGUUGGGCAUCAACGAUCUGCGCUCUGAGGGCAUGUACCUCUUCGAUGAUGGGACCAGAGUCUCAUACUUCCAGUGGCGUAAACAUUUCCUGUCCAGCCAGCCGGACGGAGGGAGGCGGGAGAACUGUGUGGCCAUGUCGUCAGACGAUGGCGACUGGUGGGACCACUACUGCGAUCGGACCAUGAACUAUCUCUGCGAGUUUGAUGACAGAGUGGCUCUUUAAAAUGAACUCCUUUGCAAAUAUUCUUUCUCUGUCACAUUACUACUGCUUUAAACUUUGAUAUCAGCUGUUACGUGUUAAAAGCAAAAAAGCCGUUUUAUUUUCAAGUAAUUUAUUUCCCUUUAAAAGACACAAACACUCCCAUUCAAACGCUUGGGGUCACUGAAAAAUGUCAGUUUUCAAUGAUAACAUUAAUCAGAAAUACAGUCUAGACAUUGUUAAUGUGGUAAAUGACUAUUCUAGCUGGAAACGACUGAUUUUUAAUGGAAUAUCUCCAUAGGAGUACAGAGAAACAUUUCCAGCAACCAUCACUCCAGUCUUCUAAUGCUACAUUGCAUUAGCUAAUGGUGUUGAAAGGCUAAUUGAUGAUUAGAAAACCCUUGUGCAAUUAUGUUAGCACAUGAUUAAAAGUGUGUGUUUUCAUGGAAAACUUGAAAUUGUGUGGGUGACACCAAACUUUUUAACAGUUGUAUACCUGGGAUACCUAGGAACAUUUUAAUAUAAAUAUCCAGUAUCACAUCAUUUAAGUAUGCAAAUAGCGUAGCAUUGUUUUAUUAGCAUCAGUAUCUUGCAGCAUGGAAACAUUUGUCAUGAAAAUAUUCAUGGUUUUAGGUUUUUACAGAACUGUCUCAAAUGCGCACAAAUUUCUGUCUUGUUAUUGAGGUUCUGUGCUGAAUACGUCUUUGUGUUAUAAAUAUGAUAUUAUCCAUGCGGCUGAGGUAAUAUGAAUGUAAGCCAGUCAGGACUCUGCUAUGUUUUCAUUCAUGGAAUUCAAAAUAUUUGUUUAACAUUUCCAAGAAAGGAAAAAUGUGAGGCUGGAGGCGCCUUCUGUAGAAUCAGCACUCAUCAAACAUCUUGAAGAUAUAAAUUAGUGUGUAUGGGCUUUCAAGAAUUAGGUAGUGGUUCUCUGUUACUUACUGAUGAUGUUUUAGUAUGAUCUGGCACAGGGUCAGACUCCUGUCAAGGUGCUGAUUAUCCACCAUGUUUGGCCAUAGCUGAACAAUAUUUAUAGAGCUAUAGUUUCACUUCCAAGUCUCCUUUCAACACCCUAAAAUGAUAAAUGACCAUGUGCAAAUGUAUUCGAAGAUCCUACUGUAUAUAAAACAAAAAAGUUGUACUGAACAUAGGAGGCGGAGUAUUUUUUUUAUUAUUAAAUCUUUACUAAAAGUUGA